CACAGUCUAAGCUAUGGAGCUGGACACCCAUCUCAUUCAGAAACAGAUCUUCUUCACCGACAGACCUAUGCAGCCACCCAUCAGCUACCUGCAUACGCUACAGCACACCAUCCUACAGGUCUCUCUGGAAUCUUUGACACGAGCCUGCAUGUGGCAGGUGGAAACACUACAGAAACAUCCGUGAUGAACUUUCUGUCUGCAAUAGAGUCUCGCACUGCGCAAGCAGCUUCAUCAGGCACAACCCUCCUGCCACAAUUCAGGGCCCCAUCAUGGCAGACAGGUAUGCAUUCCUCAACAGCAACAGAGUUGUUUGUAACUGGAGCCCUUCAAACGUCUGGAACAUUUCCAACUUCUGCUCUCUCAGCCUAUCAACAUCCCAACACAUUCAGCUCUAGAAACUUUGCCACAACUCCAUCUUUAACACUUCAGGAUGGGACUUUCAGUGCUACUACCAAUGGUCUACUCUCACCCCAUGAUCCUUUGCUGUCACUCAAGACCUCACAGACUCCAACUGCCUUGACCUUUGAGCGUCUGGGCAGUGCAGUGCUGAGUACCAGCAUACCACAGUCUUCAACAUAUCGGUCUGCACAGGAAUCUGCACCACAUCUCUUGCAGCCCCAGUUCAGUUUAUUGCCGACAGCACUUGGAGGGACACAGCAGACAGCUCAGCCAUACAGUACAUCGGUUUUCACUGGUUCUACUGCCUCCAUCGAAAGAGCACUUCAGAGGGAAUGUAGUGUUAUUAAACACCAUCAGAGGCCUUCAAGUACACAGUCUGUACAGGCGCAGCUUUCUGGUACUCAGCAUUCCUUGCCUAAUUACUUAACAAGUGCAACGGGGGCUGCCUUGCCUGACACAGCGAGACAGUCUGCUCUUUUAUGUGCUCCACUUGGAGCUCUUACUCAGGUGAGCAAUGGUGGGCCGGUGCAGAAAACCCCUCAAGUUUCUGUAGAGUUAUCUCAGUCAUACCCAUCUGUCAUACCAUCUCCAGGUUUCCCACCCUCCUCUACAAAAACAAAAAACUGCCCAACGAAGGCACCUCCAAGGUCAUCAAAAACUCCAAAAUCUCAGAGUGUAGCUUCUCCUGGGCAAACCCAAAGCUAUACAAAGUCUCCUCAAAGCCAGAGUUCAGUCAUUUCAAGCCAAGCACAAGCCUUUUCCACAGCACAGUUAAGUAGUCUUCUGCCUGUAAGCCAGUCCCCCAUCUAUGUUUCAACACAGUCCCCAAACCUGCCAUCUGCUAGUCAAUCACAAGUGUUUUCAACAAUCAAAUCAGAAAAGCUGCCUCCACUGUACAAACCACUGACCGCGUUCUCAAGCCAAUCACAAACCAUAACCUCCAACAGCCAGACACUAAGUUACUCAUCGGAUCAGCAGUCGCUUACGCUGUCUUCAGUUUCAAGUGAGAGCUACUCUGACCAAACGCGAGAACUGUCUUCAGCUAGCCAGACGCAAAGUUAUUCUUCCAGUAACACUCAGGGUUUAACUCCGGUCAGUCAAUCACAAGUUAGCUAUUCAUCUCAAUCACAAGUGAUGUCACCAGUAAGUCCUUCAGAUAGUUAUAAUUCAGGACAGAACCUACCACUAGCAUCCCCAUCUCUUCCAUUCUCUGCUUCCUCUCGUGGGCAAAAUAUGCCUGCCUCAAGCCCAACUCAGAAUUACAUUUCUAUGCAUUCAUCCCAGAAUACACAAGACUCCACUUCUCCGCAAUCUCAGAAAUUUUUGCCAACUGUUCCAUCACCCUCAUUUGCAUCUCCAAGUCACUCACAAACAUUGCAGAACAAUAGAACAUCUGCGGACUCCAAGGCCUAUGUGAAGAGGAAGUCUGACACUAACCUCUACUCAACUGUAAAGCAAGAGGACAAGUUUCAGAUUCAGGAUUUGCAGGCAUUACAGCAGCAAACUAAUAUGGAAUCCACUACACCAGGGCUAAGUGAAGGUGAAAUGAGUACCCAAGAGUCGGUAUACAGUGUUUCAAAGGCUGAUGAUCGAUAUUCACAAAGUGUUAUCAAAAGCAAUUCUCGCAUGGAAGACCAAGUUCUUGGCAUGCAAGGACCUAAAAAAGAUGAGCGAAUGUUGAGCCCUGCAGGGCACAUGUCACAGCAUGUUGGCCAUAUAAAUAAUCCAACUGGCCAUGAUGCUGCAAAGUCCACAGACUUAGCACAGCCCACUCAAGUAAGUGCUAAAGACUUAAGUCAGCAGCAUACCAUGAUGCAUAAGGUGCAUGAAACAAAACUUCCUGAGCAGCCAAGUACAUCCCCUCAACUUCAGGCUGUAUUGAGACAUUCUCAGCAUCUACAGCUACCAGGUGCACAGGUACUUCUAGAUUCAGACUUGCAGAUGUUUCAGCAGUCUAUUUUACAGUCCACCCUGGCUCAAACAAAGACACCUUCACCAAUGCAACGAAUCCAGAGCCCUCAGCAGGUAGCUCAUCAGUUCCUUCAAAUGGAUGGUCACAUUAUCCAGAGCAAUGGAGGACAGCCUCAGCAAUCACUCCACUCUCAAGCCUCUGAUGUAGUCAAAAUGGAUACUUCCGAUGAGAAACACUUGCAGCAACACUUGCAAAGCCAGAGAGCUCGGAUAGACUCAAAGAAUCAGUUCGAUUCCAUAAACCCAAUGUGUUUCUCAGAAACAAUGCUGCUAGGCGAUGAACGCAAUUUUUUGUCUCAUGUUGAUGACAUUCUAGCAGCCACAGCAGCUCAAGAGUUUGCCAAGUCCUCUGCUGAUGAAAAUCUGUCUGUCAAAUCUGAGGACUCCAAAUCUCGUUUUCAGUCCUUAAAUAUAAGGAACAUGCCUACAAAUUUCACAACUUCAAAGCCACAACAGAACAUGAACACUUUAUCUUUAAAUGGUGGCCAAACAGCAAUAAACCUUUCUACUGUAUCUACACCUCAUUCCAAAAAUGUUAGUAUUGAUCAGAAUCGUAUUCAACCUUUAGAUCAAGACCUGCCAAGUGGCAUGGGUUCACCAGUGCUAGGGACCAGCCAAGAUGAUCAUGAGAAGAAUUCUGAUGUAAAUAAGAAGCAAGAAUCUAAAGACACUAAAGAUGUUUCUAAUGAUGGCAGAGAUUCAGAGUUUAUGAGUGGUACCAAGAGCCUAAAUGAAGAGAGCACUACACCAGGAGGAGACUUUAUCAUGGGCCAAGAUGAAAACGCAGCAGUUGUUGGACAGCUGCAGAGUCAAAAUCAACAUAUGUCAAAAACUGACCCUCAAGGGAGCAGUGGUUCCAGUGGCCAAAUGGACGAAAACUGCCAAGACUUAGCACAAGAUGGCCUUCAAAAGAACAAGGUAAAGGACAAGAUGCCGAUAAAACAGUUUGCUGAGGAUGAAAAUGCAAAUCUCAAACAAGUGAAAAGGAAUGUACAAAUGAAACGUCCCUUGCUUAAAGGCCCAGAUGUGCAAUUUUCCUCACAUGUUUCUGAAGGGUAUUAUGAUACCUACCAGAAUCAAGAGAGGAUGAGACAAAAAAUUAAAGAGGUAGAAGAGAGAAACAGCCAGAAGUUAAGACUGGUUUCAUAGCCUCUUUCUUAGACUUUCUGAAGACUGGACCAAAACAGCAAUUUUCUGCUCCUGCUGUGCGUGUUCCCAAUAGAAUCAGAAGGCCAUGUACCCCAGUGAUAAAGUCCCCAUGCCCUGGUCCUGUUUCUCAGACUCCCACUGCUGCUGGUUCUGAGGUUGGCAGCUCUCCCAAAAAGCCUGAGGAGGAGCUGAAGAAGAAUCUGGAGGCCUUGCCCUCUUUCUCUUCUGACGACGAUGAUUCUGUUGGAGGCAAUAAUGAUCUGCAGAAAAGUAUCUCCACGGCAUUGUCCGCCUUAGAUGAGAAUGGGGAGAAAAGAAACAAAACCGCAGAGAAGGUGGCUUCUUCAGGAAAGCAAGAUUCCCAACCUGUCUCCUCACCCAAGAACACCCAGGAUACAGUGAAAGAGGCCCCCAGUGAGCCUGUCCCAGCCGAACUACUGGCUAAAUCACAGGAGACCAUUGCAAUCGAAGGAUGCACGGAUGAUGAGGGCACAGAAAGCGGGGGAGAGGGUGUUUAUCGGGAGAGAGACGAGUUUGUGGUGAAGAUUGAAGAUAUAGAUAUGCUCAAAGAAGCAUUGCUUACUGGCAAGGAACCUCCUGCUAUUUGGAAAGUGCAAAAGGCCUUGCUUCAGAAAUUUAUCCCUGAAAUUCGAGAAGAACAGAGGACCUUUGCUGCCACAAACAGUUACCUUGGUUACUUUGGAGAUGCCAAAACAAAAUAUAAGAGGGUAUAUGUGAAGUUCGUGGAGAAUGCAAACAAAAAGGAGUAUGUGAGAGUAUGCUCCCGGAAACCCAAAGCAAAGGCACCACCUGCUCCAAGUCGAACGUCUCACAAUAAGGUCAGUGCAGCCAACAAAGCGGCAGCAGAAACUCCUCCACCGAAAACCACACCUCCAAAAGUCGUGUCUGCAAAACCAAAAGCCAAACAGCCAAAGACAAAGGCUGAACCUCCACCAAAGAAGAGGAAGCAGUGGAAAGAGGAGUUCUCUUCUUCACAGUCUGAUUCUUCUCCAGACAUGCAGAGUGAUGAAGAAGAGUUUGAACCUCCACCACCUCCAAUCAUAACUCGAUUUUUGAACACAAGAGCAAUGAAGGAAACAUUUAAGGGAUACAUUGAGCUGCUUGUUGGUGUUGCUCUAGAAGCAGACACAAUCCAGAAUCUGGAAAAAGUCAAUGACGAAGUGCUUCUUCCGCACAUGAGAAAGAUAGAAGGCAUGCUAACCGAACACAGGAGAAGAGUUCUUGCAAAGCUGCAGCUGGAUCAGCCAAUGAAGAAUGCCCUUGAAAACUACCCAGAUAUAACUACAAUUAAUCGUGAAGUAAAAGGAAAAUCAGGAGGGGUACCUGUGUGUAAAAUAAAAGUGUAUGGCAAGUGGUAUAAUAAGAAGACUAUGCGGCCAAUUAAAACUUCAAAGCAGUCACAGGAGUUCUAACCAAUAUCAAGCCAGAGAAAUAUCAGCUGUAUUCACUUUAUACAUGAGAACAUCCACCAUUACAAUUACCUACAUAUAUCUUAUAUGCAAAGAUGAGGUUACCUCUGUUCAGAAAUCAAAACCGGGACCUACAACAAGUGGAACUUGUUAACCACUGUCUGAAAAAAAUGAAGUGGGUGGAGGAACUCUUUGAAAAAUUUGGUGAACUCUUGACACGGGUGCAACAGACAUGUUCUUAA